AUGGCGGGUGAAAGUACUGCUAGAAAGGGAGCCGAGACCACAAGUCAAGAUGGAUCAUUCACAUUAUUGCUAUUUGCAUCAGCUUCAAGCUACGCAGGCGACAUCGAGACACUGACGCUCUCCGCACCGAUGAGUCUGAGGGACGUUUUCGCGACGUUGGAACAGAAGUUCCCUGGAUUUGAGAAGAAAGUGUUGCGGAGUGCAGCUGUGACUGUGAAUUUGGAGUACGUUGAUUUCGAUCUCGAUGGUGAAGAAGGAGAGGGGUUGGAUAUCGAGAUCAAGAAGGGUGAUGAGGUUGGGAUCAUACCGCCUGUUAGCAGUGGUUGA